AAUCGAUAGGUUUGUAUGAGCUAAUCACAAGUAUAUUGGAUAUUAGUCCUAUUUGAUUGCUGAUGUUGUUGUUGUUGUCAUAACAACUAGUGGUUUGUCAACUUUUGCAAUGGGCUUGUUAAGUCUUUUGAGGAGAUUGAAAUCCAAACCAGAACAAGAAAUAAGAAUUCUUCUUCUUGGUUUAGAUAAUGCAGGAAAGACAACUUUGCUUAAACAUUUAGCAUCUGAAGAUAUAACUCAAACAACUCCCACUCAAGGAUUUAACAUCAAGAGCGUUCAGUCACAAGGGUUCAAACUAAAUGUUUGGGAUAUUGGAGGACAGAGAAAAAUUCGCCCAUAUUGGAAAAACUACUUUGAAAAUACAGAUAUCUUGAUUUAUGUAAUCGACAGUUCAGACAAAAAGCGCUUUGAGGAAACCGGAGAAGAACUCUUGGAACUUUUAUCAGAAGAUAAAUUAGCUGGAGUUCCCUUGAUAGUGUUCGCCAAUAAACAGGACUUGCUCACCGCUGAACCAGCAAACAGAAUAUCCGAUGGGCUUGGAUUACUAACUAUUAGGGAUAGACCAUGGCAAAUUCAAGGCUGCUCAGCUCUUACUGGCAAUGGUGUACAAGAAGGAAUAGAAUGGGUAAUCAAAUCAGUGAAUAGUCGUUCAAAAAUGAAAUAGAAUAAAAUACAAUUUAUCAUUUAUGUCAUAACUUAUCAGGAUUGUACAGUGAAUACAUGAAUAGUACAUUAUAUUAAUUAUGCUUUCAAUUAGUUACCAUGUUAACAAGAUGAUCUAAUGCCAGUAUUCAAUGAUGGUUUAGGAAAAAGAAGAAGAAGAAUAGAAGCUUUUAUGAGGAGAAUAGACCCAUUACAUUAAAGCAGAUGCAUUUUGGAGACCUUUCAAACUUUCUUUCUUUUAUUUUCACCAUUUUUGUCAUCGGUGUUGUUGUUGUUGCAUUGUAGUUCUUGGAAAAGAUGCUUGAAUAUUUAGAUGAAUUUAUGUAAGUAUAUAAGUAUAUUAUUGUUUAUAUAUAUUAAACAUUACAAAUAUAUGUUUUCAUUUUGAUCA